GCAUCCCUUAAGCGUUUCUGAAGCGACUUUCAGUCCAUUUCCUAAUGUCGACUGUUUAGAUCUAAUUAUAUAGGGGAUAAACUAUAUCAGUUUUAAUCACUAGUUUAAACUAGGUUUGCUGCAUGUAAUAUAAAAGAAGAUGCGGUUCCAGGCAAAGCGCUGUGGCGUGCAGUUCAAUCCUCCUUCCAUAGUUUUAAUUUACGAACACACGGAGACCAAAAAGGUGCGAAAAAGAAUUAUACCUGUGCGUAACUUCUCCAAAUACUCUGACUACAGUAUGGCAGCUGAAAGGCUCAAGAACCAUCCUAGGCACAGGGACUACUUGGAGGCCGUGUCUCAGAACCAGCUGGAGAAGCUACACAUCAUCCUGCGGGACCACAUGCAGGGCCGCAGCCUAGAGCAAAGCCUCUCCUCAUUCCACCUGGACCCCGAGGAAAACCUAAACAAACUGGAUGACGAGGAGCUGGCUCGCAAGAAAGGCCGAAUGGAUGAACUGUUCGAGAAGAACCGCAGGCGCAAAGACGAUCCCGACUUUGUUUACGACUUCGAGGUGGAUUUCAACAAGACCACCCAGGAAAAGUGCAGCUGGGAUGAGGAGUCAGAUGAUGGAUUUUGAAACCAAUCUUUUGAGUUAAGACUGUAGAGUGCCAACCUACAGAGAGGUGACAGGAACAUCUGACACAGCUGAGGCUGACUACAAUGCUUUAUGUCCAUCUAAACAUGAAUACACUGGUAAGACCUCCUGGAAGUAUAACUUGACAAACAGUAAAAUGUAUAUUUUUCAAUGAUUGUGGCAUUGAAAAGACUUUUCUACUUGAGUAGAAGCAUGAUUAGACACCAUUAGGGAUAAACGAAAACAUUAUAAACACUCUUGUCCUAUUUCAAAGUGAAAUGAAAUAAACACUGCAUUAGUAAUAGUGAAUAUUUAUUUGUUAUAAAAUACUGAAUUUUACAAAAUACAAAGACUUUGGUUCUUUAAUUUGUGGCUUACACCUAAAUGAGAGAUAUUCACAGUUGAAUAUGAAAGAAGAGGCUAAAAUUCUAUUAAACAAAAUCUGAGUGUACACCAGUA